UUUCUCUUCAAUUCUCGCUCCUACGGUGACGCGUCCCUCCAUCCUCCUUUUCUAGCUGAUUCUCGCCCAUACUCGACCCUUCUCGAUCCGUUCUCAAGUUGUUAUCACUCGCUCCAUUUAUACCAGUGGUACUCACACUCGGGCCCCGACGCGGUCCCACAAAAUACUGGUGUAAAAUUUUGUCCGGAUCACCUGGAUCUUUGA